AUGGAUGAACAGCUGCGGGCCACCAAGAGGUGGCUGCAGACGCAGUUCAAGACCAGCGGCGUGACGCUGGACCCCAAGUCGCUGGAGAAGCUGGUGCAGGCGGUGCAGGACGUGCCCGACCCGCAGGAGUUUGUGCACAGCCUGAUAGACGAGAUCGAGACAGGCGAGCUGGCUGGCGCCAUCACCGAUGAACGGCGCGUGACGCCUGCGCUGCUGGAGCAGGUGCUGUCGGCGCUGGAGGGGCGCAGCCAGGCGCCGGAUGCGGUGCAGGUGGUGGACGCGUUCAGGGUGCCGCACGUCGUGUACGACCCCGUGCGCAAGCUCUUCCACCGCUCCGCGAGCAAGGUGCAGCUGUAUGUGAACCGCUUCCACCUGGUGCACCAGCGCCUCAAACGCAACAAGCUCUUCCGCGCAGCAAAGUUUGCUGGGCUGGGCGGCGGCGGAGGCCAGUCUGACUGCGAGCUGACGGAGCUCAAGGCGAUGCUGGGGGUUGUAGGGGAGCAGCGGUGUGUGAUGGGCUUCCUCACGCAGCCGGAGGAGGGGCGGUACGCGAUAGAGGACCUGUCUGCCCGCCUGCCUGUGGACCUGACUGAGGCGGAGCAGACGCUGGGCAUGUUCACGCAGAACUGCAUCGUUGUGGCGGAGGGGGAGCUGCAGGCAGACGGCGUGUUCAAGGUGGCGGCGCUGGGCAUGCCGCCCCCCGAGCGGCGCGCCGAGAGCCUGCAGGCGCUGCAGGGCCUCGACUUCUUCGGCGGCCAGGUGCCAGACGAGCGCCAGCUGCUGUCCUGGGAGGCGCGGCACGCCGACGACCGCAUCGUGCUGCUGUCCGAUGUGUGGCUGGAUCGGCCCGAAGUGUUGGACAACCUGCACACAGUGCUGGCGGGCUUCAGCCAGCUGGAGCAGCCGCCCUCGCUGUUUGUGCUGAUGGGCGCGUUCCAGUCGUACGCCGCCAACGCCGCCAACACGCACUACGCGCGCCUGCGGGAGCACUUUGCGGCGCUGGGGAGGGCCAUCAACCAGUACCCGGCCAUACGGGCCGCCAGCAAGUUUGCGCUGGUGCCGGGGCCGGGCGACCUGGGGCCCGGCGGCAGCCUGCCGCGGCCGGGGCUGCCCGUCGCGGUGGCGGCGCCGCUGCUGGAGGCGGUGCCAAACGCGGUGCUGGCCAGCAACCCGUGCAGGAUACGACACGGCGGCGGCGAGGUGGUUGUGUUCCGUGACAACCUGCAGCAGCGCAUGCGUGGGCUGGCCAUCCUGCCGCCCCCCGCGGGCGACGAGGCGCCCCUGUUUGAGCACGUGUGCGCCACGGUGCUGCAGCAGAGCCACCUGUGCCCAGUGCCGCUCGAGUAUCAGCCCAUCUAUUGGGAGUACGACCACGCGCUGUAUGUCUACCCCAUGCCUGACGCCCUGGUGCUGGCAGACAGCGCCGCCGCCGGCGCGUUUGAGUUCGACAGCUGCAGCUGCCUCAACCCGGGCUCGCUGGCCUGCGGCACCUUUGCCGCCUACAGCCCUGUGACGCGGGAGGCAGAGGUGUGCGAUGUGCAGCUGGCGGCAAGAGAGGAGGACGAGAUGGAGGUGGAGGCGGAGCUGGUGGAGGUAGAGGAAGUGGAGGAGGGGGCCUAG